CGCCCCUGUCCAAUGGAGGAACCGACGGCGGCCGCUGCCGACUGGUCCAAGCUCCCGUCAGACGUCCUCACCACCGUCCUCGGCGCCCUCGAGUUCCCAGACCUCUUCCGCGCCGCCGCAGUCUGCGCGGCCUGGCGCGCCACCGCCCGCGCCCUCCGUCGCCUCGGGAUCUACCUCCGUCCCCAAACCCCCUGCCUCCUCUACACCACCGCCGCCGCCGGCCCGAACGCCGCCGAGCUCUUCAGCCUCGCCGACAAGAAGGCCUACAGGGUGCGCCUCCCGGACCCUCCCAUCGGGGAGCGCAACAUCGUCGGCUCCUCGCACGGGUGGCUCGUCACCGCCGACGCCCGCUCCGAGCUCCACCUCCUCAACCCCACCACCGGCGAGCAGGUCACGCUCCCCUCCGUCGCCACCAUCGAGCAGGUGAGCCCCGUCUUCGACCGCGACGGCAACCUCGAAAGGUACGACCUUUCUCGCCACGGCGACGAGCCGCAGCCCUGUGGGGUGGACGAGCUCCGGGGAGUUCUGUAUCUCAAGGUCGUGCUGUCCGGCGAUCCCGCGUUGGGGGAUUGCACGGCCGUGGUGAUUCACAAUCCCUAUAGGUGUCUCUCGUUUGCGAGGGUCGGUGACGACAAGUGGCACUGGAUCCCCUCGGCACCCGGCGAACCGCCGCGGUACUCCGACUGCAUAUUCGCCGACGACGGCGCGCUCUACGCGAUGAAUCUCCUCGGCGGUAUCCAUUGCUACGCCAUUGAAGGUUCUGGUGCUACCUGCAACAUGAUUUUCUAGGACAACUCGCCAUUCGUGGCGUAUAAUGGGUACCUAUCCAAGGCGUCGUCCGGGAGUGUGCUGCAAAUAUGGAGGGUCGCCAGGGAGACAACAAGUGGGGAGCAAGAAGAGAGGCAUACAGUUGGUAUUGAGAUAUACUCAUAUACAGGGUUGACUUCGACAAGCAGCAGGCGGUCCGUGUGCGGAAUUUGGGGGAUGACGCGUUGUUCAUCGGGCACAACUAUACUUGUUGCCUUCCCACAAAGGACUACCCAGGGCUGCUGCCGAAUCAUGUCUAUUUCACCGACGACGACGAGUACUGGCUGAUUGACGCGAAAGAUAAUCGUCGGGAUGUUGGAAUACUGAAUCUGGAGGAUUCUUAUAAGAUAAGUGCCAGUGGUGUGGUGUCUCCCCAACCAUGGUUGAAUUGGCCGAUUCCUGUAUGGAUCACUCCAAGUUUUCAUAAGAUCCACAAAUAGCUAGGUUUCCAGUAUAAGGAUGUUAGUGGGAAGGGAAUGCUCUUGCUUGUCAUCAAUAAUUUACUCCAGAACUAUUCUGACUGGAGAUAUCCGUUGGGCUGUUGCUUUUGGUAGGGCAAGCAAGCAGAAAGAAUUAAUUUAUCUGGUGGUCAGCCUGGCGAAGCAUUUAGGAAAAUGUUCCCCAGGGGAAGGAGAAAAGAAUGUUUAUGUUGGCUGAAAUCGAAGUUGCUCUGGGAAGAAGACAGGAUAUCAGUGGGAAGAGAAUGCUCUUGCUUCUCAUCAAUAAUUUACUCCAGAACUCUUCUUGCAUUUCUAUUAGCUUAACCUGCAGGAUGGAAGCGUCUUAAAU